AUGCCAGUCGAAACGCUCUGUGAUUUGCUUGAUAAGUUGCUCAGUUUCGAUCCGGAGAAACGAAUGACCGUUGAGCAGGCACUCGCACAUCCAUACUUUGCUGGUUAUUACGAUCCAACUGAUGAGCCAACUUGUGGUCAACCUUUUCAAUUUCAUGAGAUCGAAUUGGACAAUCUGCCAAAGGAUGAAUUGAAACGAUUUAAUUUUGGAGGAAUC